CUCAACUUUCCGUUUCAUUCUAAGCGUUGAGCAACAGGCGAUUCGCGGUUAAGUCUUUUUCUUUUCUCAUUCUCUUAGGUAGCAUUUCUCGCAUCUCCAGGACAUCAUCGGUGUUAGGCCACGGUGACGAUGCCCCCCCACGCGCUAUCUCGUAUGCCAUCUAUACCCGCUCCAGCACCCUCCGCAGCCUCGCGCAGAAACCCAUUCUCGGAUGCAAUCAAUAAUUUGCAACAGGCGGGCUCCGAUCCUCAAUCCAGAAAGGUUCAACAGGAACCAGCGAAGGCACCUCAACCUGCGUCACCACCUCUUCCUCGACAAAACGCAAAAGUCCAACCGCCCUCUCCCCCACCUGUCAUUACAGAUAACCUUAGAGCUAUACAGUUCCGCAGAACGGGGUUUCUGGGAGAAGGUGGCUUUGCACGCGUUUAUGAAGUUCAAGACACCCGGGGCGCACGAUAUGCUUGUAAAGUUGUGACAAAGAGUAGCUUAAAGACGAAGAAGGCGAAGACCAAACUGUACGCAGAGAUCAAAAUUCACCGCGCCCUGGAGCACCCAAACAUCGUCACGUUUGGUGACUGCUUCGAGGAUGACGAAAACGUUUACAUGACCCUCGAGCUUUGUCAGAGUGGUUCCCUCAUGGACAUGCUUCGCCGUCGUCGCCGCUUCACAGAGCCUGAAUCGCGCUUUUUUAUGGUGCAGCUCAUCGGUGCAUGCCAUUACAUGCAUACCCACCAAGUCAUUCAUCGUGAUCUCAAAUUGGGUAACUUAUUUCUCGAUGGUAACAUGAAUGUCAAGGUCGGGGAUUUUGGUCUCGCUGCACUCAUCGAGAACCCAGGGGAGAGGAAGAAGACAAUCUGCGGUACCCCCAACUAUAUUGCCCCUGAAGUCCUCUUCGAUACUGCGAACGGACAUAGCUUCGAAGUGGAUACCUGGUCUAUUGGUGUUAUCCUCUAUACCCUGGUGGUCGGGCGACCUCCGUUCCAGACGAAGGAUGUAAAGACCAUCUACAAACGUAUCCGCGACAACCAGUACGAAUUCCCAACCGAGAGCCAAGUUUCGAUAGAAGCUCGCGAGCUUGUGCAAGGCAUACUCACGCCCGAUCCCCAACAGCGCCCCUCUCUCCAUGACAUUAUAGACCACGAGUUCUUCACUCGUGGUAUCGUCCCUGCGUACAUUCCAACGACCGCGCGCGAUACUAUACCAGAAUUCCGUCAUAUUUCCCGCGUUGUCUCUCAGUCCAACCUCGCGCGGUUACGGAAGUACGCCUUGCUCGACGAAGAGCAACCCUCAUCCAUCGCUGUGCCUAAUGCGCAGUCUUCUUCUGGUACUCAGGGGAGAAAUAGGACUGGAGUCAGCAUGACGUCGAGCAUCGCCCAGCAGGAGAAGGAAUUCCUAAAGGCCGUACAGCCUGGCAGCCCCAUCUCGGCUCUGUUGAGCUCUGCGCGUCAGCCUCUUUUAGUUGCCCCAAGCAAUGCGCCUCGCGAGUCCCUGUUGCGUAAGCUGCAGACAGCGCAGAAGGAGGGUAGAUCUCCUCCGCGUGGAGGACGACUGGGCCCGUUGCAAAAUAUUGAAGAAGAGACGCUGGAUCGGGAGGAAGUGGUGAGGAGAAAGGAGCUCGCGAGCCAGAAGGCUCGUAUUGUCGCGCAAAUGGUCCCUAAUGGGAAUGGGAAUAGCGAAGAGGAGAACAUAUCUCCAGUAGAACCGAGGGAAUCGAGGGGCAAGAGCAAGGAUCCAGGCGCAGCGAGAGAAGAUCCAUUCUCAGAAGGAGAUGGCAAUGACCCUUUAAGAUCGAAUACCUACGAGACGGCUUGCGCAACCCUAACUGCUGCUUUCAGAGCUAGGGCAGUAGGCAAGCUUUUCCGUGACCCAGCAGAGGACGAUGACCUGCCUCUGGAGAAGAUUUUCAUCGUUUCAUGGGUUGAUUAUUGCAGCAAAUACGGGAUGGGCUAUGCGCUCACCGAUGGAACUGUCGGCGUACAUUUCAACGACAGCACGACGAUCGCCUUAUCUCCAGACAAGCAUCACUUUGAUUACAUAACAUCUCGGCGACAGGGUACGGUCUAUGUCCGCAAGAGUCACACGGUGUCGGACUAUCCUGAAGACAUUAAGAGCAAGGUGUACCUACUGAAGCACUUCGAGCGAUAUAUGAUGGAUCGCUUGUACGGUGACCAUACGUAUACGUUUGAGGAUAUUGAGAAAACGAAGGGAAUGUAUUUCGUGCAGAAAUACCUCCGGAUGAAACAAGUCAUCGUAUUCAAAUUGAGCCAUGACGCCUUACAGUUCAACUUUUAUGACCAUUCCAAGGUCGUUCUCUCCGCACAGGGCCUCGUCGUUACUCACAUCGACAAGGAUCACGCGAUGUUCUGCGGCAAGCUAAGCCAAAUUAUGGCUCAGUCUCUUUUGCCUACCAUGACAGAGCCCGAGCAAGCAAAGCUUAAUCAACGCUUGGUCGACAAACUCAAAUACUGCAAGGAGGUGCUGGUGUCUAUAAAGAACGCGAGCGCAGCACAGGCAGGGGGAGGCGAUCCCCAGGCUGCUACUAGCAAGGCUGCACAGGUAGAAGAUAGGUUCGGAUCGAUCAAGAUGAGAUCGAAGGCCUCCCUGCGGUAGGGCGGUGGUAAGCAUGCGCUGCCGACAUCAGGUCGUAGCCGCGCCCUUGGACACCAUGGUUUUGAAAUCCAAUCCAAAUUCCACAAUUCAGCAUCUACGAUACCCUGUCAUAUCUACACACUAGCCGACGCCCUUUCUAUGCCUGCAUGGUCCCGCUCCUUUCUGUCACAGUUCCUCGUGUGCACACGCUACAUCCUGAGGCAGUUACGAGUUUGCUUCUUGGACCGCCUGCCAUAUCUUCUCAGAUUUCUCUCCAUAUCCCAGCGACAAUCAUACCACCGAUAUUCUAUUAGUGUAACAUGGAUGUCGUUGAAGCAUGUAUCUUUUGGUCCUCUCGCAAUGCCGCAUGAGAUUUAAGCAAUGCCUCAAGCAAGUCCUGCUGGAGCGUAGCCUUUAGACUUUCUAUCGCUGGCGAAUAGCUUGCUUGUAAUAGUGGCGCUGACAGUGCUGGGUUAGUACAUACGGUGACAGUGUCAACAAAAUAAAAUAUAAAAAGUACACAAU